AUGAGUAGAGCAGCAUCGAUACCCAGGUUUUUAUCAGCUCUGAACUCAAGAAUCUUCGAAGCUCAACCAGAUCAAUAUGAGAAUCAAAGUCAAGUUCAAAGUCUGAUCAGACCAAUCUAUGAACUGAUUCAACAAAAUCAACUUAAAGCAAGCUUGGAUCAAAUCAAUCGAUCGAUCAAGAAACAUCCAAAGUGUUACUUGCUGUAUGCUAUCAAAGCAUUCGUAUUGUUUUCUUUAAAUCGUCACGAUCAAGCUAUUGCAAUCUUCAAUACAUUUAAUCAAAAUCAACCUAAUCCAAACUCGUCAUCAAACGUACCAGUACCACACCCAGCCAAUUUCGAUCCAACUUACGUUGAGUUCAUCUCUUAUACAUUGCUGGGAUUGGGAUUUCAUGAUGAACUAGUUCAACUCUACGAAAAAGCUACCCAAUCAUUUGGGGUACAAACUCAAUCAGUCUCAGUUGACGCUUAUCUUACCUUGGCUCAAAUCAAUAGGCCAAAAGAUCAACAACAGAUUGCACUCAAACUACACAAAGCCUUCCCCAACGAGCCAAGGUUCAUAGAAUGGAUCUUGAUUCCAUUGAUCGUGCAACUUACCAACCCAAUCUUGACAACGUCCAACAAAAGUCCCAACAACUCAAUUUUAAUCUCACUAGCUCAUAGAUUCAUUCAAACUUAUCUAUCUACGUUUCAAAGCGCUUCAACUCAAAUUGAUGAUCCUAGUCAAUUAUGGAUCAUCAUCAAAUUGUUAUCCAUAAUCGGCAAUGAUUUGACUUCUAAACCAAUUGGACUGAAACCUUUAGUCUUACCUCCAGCAUUAGCAGCGGAUACUUACUUGAAGCCUAACUUGCGGGAUAUCCCAGAUCACAUUCGAUUUGUUAGAGAAGACUUCUUGAAGAUCUUGGACUCUGAAGUUGGCAGCUCGCUAAGAUCCAAUCAUUUGGGAAUUGAGCUUUUUUGGAGGAAUGAAGUUGUAAAUUGGACGGAUGAUGAAGGGCUGGGCGAAUUGAUGUCUAGGAUGAAAGAAUGCUUGUCAAAAGGGGAUACGAACUGGGAUACCAUGAUGACCAUCAAUAAAGCCAUUGCUGAACUUUGUAGAAGGUCUCAAGAUUUACCCAAGGAAGAACUGAUCAAACUCGAGGAGUUUUACAAAACGUUUACAAUCCAGGACAACAUUGAUCGAGGAUUCGUUUUAGCCAGAGUGGAUCUACGAAAAAGAAUCGAAGAUCAACGGCCAAAUUCAUCCAACAUUUUUACAGAAACCUCCACAAAAACAAUCGUGGAAUACGCCAAUCGAUUUGGCUCAAAGGCGUGCUGUUUUGAUGAUCUGAGGACAUAUAUAGACUCAUGUUCAGAUGCAGAUAUCUUGGUUCAACUUCGUGAAACAAUCGAUACUAAACCAGCAAACUUUUGUUCUGCACAGGCUGAGGAGACAUUACUUCGAGAAAUUAACUUCGAGAAGACCCGUCAGUUGAUCAAGCCUAAAGACCUUGACUCUGAUAGAACGGCAGUUAAGAAAUUAUUAAGCCAAUAUCACCAAUAUCUUAAAGAUGAAAAAGACCUCCCGGAAAACUCAGUGCAAGCAGCUGAUGAAUUUAUGGUCUCAUCAAUACUCAUUUUGCUAGAGAACCGUGACUUAGAGGCAAUAUAUUUAUCCGUUUACCUUCUUGAAAUCGUUUUGAAAAAUAGUCGACAUCGAUACCAAGCCCGCACCUUAAUCAUCCGUCUCUACAGACUCUUAGGAAGCAGAUCAAUGAAUCAUUACGGAUCAUUGGGUCUGAAACAUAUCCAACUAGACACAUGUGGAUACCUAGCAUUUGAUCGAAUCUCAAUCCUCAAUCACGACCGACAAAAAGCUCAAGAACUAUUGGAAUCCACUUCAACGUUUUACAUCCGAUCUAGAGACGAGACAAGAAGAUGGAUAAAAGAGUCUUAUAUCGAAGCAAACUAUUCAAAGAUACAUGAAUUUGAUCAAUUUGUUCAUAAACUUGAAUAUUCCCUACAAUCGAUGAUAAACGAAAUCGAAUAUCUUCGUCUUCGACUCAUCAGCAAAUCUCAUCCUACCACUACACCUUCAAUAGUGAUGGAAGAUGUAAGAAAGAAGUUGAAAGAAUUAUCAAAGCGUUGGAAGAGUGCUGUAGAUAAUCGAGAUUUGUGUGUUCUUGGAGGAAUUAAUCAUGAAAAAGUGGAUAGACAGACUAGUUUAGGACCUCCACUUAACGUUGGUUGGGUUAGAGUGAUGUGUUUGAUUUAUGGGAUGGUGUUGAUACCUGAUUAUAAAGAAGACAUUGUGGAAGGAAAAGAAUUAGAAGAUCUAUUGAAGGAUGUUUCUGAUGCAGAAAGGAGACUUUGUCAAUUUGCAACGAUCAUGUCUGCUUUAAUCAGUUCUUCGAAUAGUGGUGGUGGUGGUGCUCAGAAAGGCAUGAGUUCAGAUGACUUGAUGAAAAAGUUGUCUAUGUUCUUUAAAGAAAGCGUUGAUAGUAUCAUCGAGGAAGACGCAAAGAAUGUCAAGCUUCCAGGUGAAUGGUUGGAAAGUGUGAAAGUCCUACAUGAGGCUUAUUGUCUAUUCCAACUCACGAUGAAAGAAAAUGCUAAACUAUCUAAAUCUUUAAAGAACGUUCGAAAUGAAAUUAUAGAAAGUUUCAAAAAAUUAGAAACUUGGGUAAAGUUAUACUCAAUGGAAGAUCGAAUCAAUGAACGUAAAAUAAAAAAUAAAAAGAGAACAUUGAAAUUGUUUGAAGAAUACGGUGAUAUAAGUACAAGUACUUUUGGUGAUUGUAAAAAGUGGGAAGAGUUUAUGGAAGAGAUUGGAAUGGAAUGGGAAAGUGUUAUGGGUGAAGUUUUGGUGUUAGUUAAAGGUAUUGUUGAAGAUUGA